GCACGUGGUUUGUUUAUAAUAUGAAUAUGUAUGGUGUGUCUUGAUGUGUCGACCUGAGGGAUAACACAGGUUCAGUCAGUGACCUGCACAGAAUGGAUCUCCUACCAAGGAACCACAGUGAAUUCCACUCGCCACAAUACUGGGAUCAAUUUUUCCAGAAACGAGGAACUAAAGCCUUUGAAUGGUAUGGCGAGUACCCAGAGUUGUGUGGAAUUCUUCACAAGUACAUCAAACCCACAGAUAAACUACUCAUGGUUGGUUGUGGUAACUCACAGCUCAGUGAAAAUCUCUACGAUGUCGGCUACCACAACAUCAUCAACAUUGACAUCAGUGAUACCGUCAUCCGUCAGAUGACGGAUAAGAAUAAGAAGAGUCGUCCAGAUAUGAAGUUUCUCAAAAUGGAUGUCAAAAAGACAGAUUUUGCAGAUGGUGAAUUUGGGGUGGUGUUAGACAAAGGAACACUGGACGCUCUGAUGGUGGACGACAGCACCGAAGUGGUGGCUGAUAUUGAUGCCAUGUUUACAGAAAUUGGGCGAGUUCUAAAACAAGGAGGACGAUACAUCUGUAUUUCUCUUCUACAGGACCACAUCAUGAACAAAGUCCUUAAAUUCUUCCCCGACAUAGGAUGGCCAAUACGGAUACACAAAGUCAACACAGAGGACUCCGAGAACAAAGACAAGGAAUUCAACAUGCCUGUAUUUGCUGUGAUCCUAACAAAAUUCAAGAAACUACCAAAUAUGAAACAGAUCCUGGAGGUGGGUGCCAGCGAUGACAAGGUGGAGCGGAUGGAUUCCACGGAGAAGAUGCAUACAGUCUUAAAAGAGAUGCAGUAUUAUGCUAUCAUGAGACAGCAGAUCAAGAAAAGGGAGAUGGUUGGAGAGCAGGUUUCUUUAAGUCUCUAUAGUGAAGUGUCCAUCGCCCCACGCUACACCCUCUUCAUAGUAGACAGUGCUGACCAAAAAUUUACAAACAAAUUUGGGAUAUUCAUUGUACCCGAGGGCAGGGAGACUGAGUGGAUGUUUAGUACGGAGGAAGGCAGACAGAAACUCUCUCAGUCUGCUGGGUUUUGUAGACUAGUGGUGGUCACUCUCAACCGUUCCCACACUUACGAAACAUUGGAUACAAUCAAGUCAGAGUUAUCUCCCCAUGUCCUUGAGCUGGCACCACCCAACUUCAAGUCAGGAUCACAGGUGCCUUACUUGUCACUUGGAGACCACAAAGGCAACAGGACAGUCAGGUUUCAAGGUAACAGUCCUACCCUCGGGGAGCUUGUUGUCGAGGAUGUCGUCACCGAUCCAGGCCAAUACAGACGGAGACUCAUUUUCACUGACAAUCUUCCAUACUGUGAGGCUACUCUCAAACCAGAAAAGAAGCAGAGAAAAGGGAAACAUAAGACAAAAGAGACUGGGAAGUUAAUUUUGGACAAAUCAUAUUUGGAUUGUGAUUAUCUGAGAGCCAUGGUGGCUGGCCUAUCAUUUGUAACAGGAAAGACUGAUCAAGCUAAAGAGUGUAACUUAUCAGACUGUAAAGUGUUGGUGAUAGAGGGGAGGAAUGGAGGCCUUCCUACACUGUUACACCACCACUUCCCACAGAUGGUCUUGACUGUGCUGUUUCCAGAUGCAGUGAUGCAGCAGGUAGCCACUGAUUGGUUCAGUUUUGUACCAGACACCAAUAUGAAAGGUCACUGUGAUGACCCCGCCCCAUUUGUUAGCAGCAGUGCAAAGCAAGGUUUACUGAUGGAUGCUGUUGUUAUUGAUCUUGACUACCUGAAGUUGUCUCUUACAAUUGAGAACUUCCUUCAAGAAUCGUUUUUAUCAGACAUCAAGAAGCUACUUUCACCUAAUGGUGUCUUAGUAUGUAAAUGUCAGUGUAGUCAAGAGGAGACAAAGAAAUCAUUGCUACAGAAACUUUCAAGCUGUUUCCCUAAAGUGUAUUCAACAGACAUUGAGGACACAUCUUACACUGUUGUAUAUGCACUCAGCGGUGAUAGACAAACUUUAGAGACAGUCACCUCAAACUGUCAGUAUCUGAAUAACAUAAUAAAUUCCAAGGACAAAGACGAUGAUGUAGAUUUGUCACAGACAAUGAAAGACCUCACAUUGUUUGAGCCCUGAUUUCCUGUGAGGAAAUUACAUAUAAAUUAAACAAAAAAAAUAAAGAAAUACAUCAUGUUUC